UUGCCGAAGAAAAACAAUCCCUAUAGUUUAUACUUCAUCAGUACAAAAAAUAUCGGAAAAAAUCUCCACUUAAUUUGCAGGUGUAUCAGUAUAAUCUGUCCAUUCAAAGCUGAAGCUACGAUUGUUGUUGUUCUUCAAGAACUUCCACAUUAAUUUCUACCACUGGUCCCUCAUGAUUCUGAUGUUUCCAUCUUUUUGUGUCAACGAUGAGAUAAGGAAUCACACCUCAAAAACAAAAACAUAAAGCUUCCCCAAUUUGGGCGCCGAUUCCAACCCAAGGCCAACACAACAACACAAUGAAGACCGGCGCCGGCGGCCACAUCCUCCGCUCCGGCGCCACCGCUCGGAAGGACCGCCACAGCAAGGUCUCCACUGCCAAAGGCCCCCGCGACCGCCGCCUCCGAUUGUCCGCCCACACCGCCAUCCGAUUCUACGACCUCCAGGACCGACUCGGCUACGAUCGCCCCAGUAGGGCCGUCGAUUGGCUCAUCAACAAGGCCAAAUUCGCCAUUGAUAACCUCGCCGAGCUUCCCCCCAAUUCUAUAACAGACUCCGAUUCCCAGCUUCAGAUGCAAUCCGCGACCUCUGCUACCACUUCCAUCAAUUUCCAGGGCUAUCCGGUGGAUUUGAUCUUGAGCCCCACCGAUCCGCCGGAAAAUCUCCGCCUCUCCCUCCAUAAUUUUCAUGACUCUUCGCCGGCAGAUUCGAUUCCGGGAGAGGACGCCGGAUUGUGGCUGCAGCAGCCGUUGUUAGGUCAAAACUCGGAAGCAGCGGCGGCGUUUUCUCAGAGGGGACCCCAUUCGGUGCCGAUUCGUGGUUGGAGCUAUCAGAGGACUCAUCCGAAUCAACCGUUUCCGGCGGCCGAUUUGAUGCAUCGUCGGAGUUCCGUACGCCGUCGCGGAUUGGAGGUGAAGGGAGAGAAGACGGCGUCGUUUCGGGGAGCCACUCGUCUACUCCGAACUAUCGCCCAGAUUUGAUUUGAUUCUCGCGCUUGAUCAUUUUUUUUUUUUUAAUGUUCAAUUUUAAUUUACGAAUGAAAUGAUUAUGAUUUAUGGCUGAUGUAAUAGAUAAAUCCGAAUUUAUUUGAGAGUAUUUAUUAAUUUAAAUUUGUGUGUCUUAUACUUGUAAGAUGAGAU